UAAAAAUAUUUUUCUUUUUCUUUUUUCUUUUAAUCUUUUAUAAGAAUGAAAAUAAUACCAAGCUACAGACAGGAAGGGAGUAUAUAAUUUUGAUACUAGAGUCUCAAUUACUGUAUCAUAUUGUACACCAUAAUUAGGGCCAAAAAAAGGAAGAAGAUGAGAUCGAUAUUGUAUUUGAUUGUUGUAUUUGUGUCCAUUAAUAAUAUCUUCUUAUACGACGUCGUUUCUUCCUCUCAGAUAAUUUCUGUUCACGCAGGCACAUCAUUGAGUCAAAGUUCUAAAGAACCAAAAUAUAAAGUUGAGUUUCAUUCAGAAGACGCACCUUUCCAACCGGAUGAUGACCAGGAAACUAUUCUUAUGCCCAACAAAAAUGGGGAGAAGUUUCUCUGUUAUUUGCCUAAAGUCGAUAAACCCAAGAUUGGCAAAUCAGUGACACCCAAUAUAAGCAGUUUGGUCGUGGACACUGAGAAACGCAUCAAGUUGAAGACACCAGAUGAACUACUUGAAGUACUGAAGGAUCGAUGUCUUACCAGGCUAGAAGGGUGGUGGUCAUAUGAAUUCUGUUAUGAGAACAAGUUGAGACAAGUUCAUUUGGAGGAUGAAAAGCCAGUACAAGAAUUUGUCUUGGGUUAUUAUGAUGCUGAGGCUACCGCAGCUUAUCAUCAGAGUCACUCAGAUAAUUCAGUACUAAAGGAUCCCCGUUCAAAAGAUGCGUCACAAAGAUAUCACGCUCAUAUCUAUACUAAUGGGACCGUAUGUGAUUUAACAAAUGAACCACGACAGACAGAGGUGAGGUUUGUUUGCUCAGAGCCUAGAGCUCUGAUAAGCUCUAUAACUGAAUUAUCCACCUGCAAGUAUGCUCUCACCGUACAUUGCCCAACCCUCUGCAAACACCCGCUCUUUCAGGGAGAAAGGCCAGUAUGGCAUACAAUAAACUGUAAUAAACUUCCGAAAGAUUACAGGGAAACCAAAGCCGAAGAAAACUUUGACGAUGAAAAGAUCGCCAUGGUUACAGACUCUGAGGAUCAGCCUUCGAUUGAUUCAGACAAUGCAGAUGAACAUGCCAAUGUUGAAGGAGACAAUUUAGAAGAUGAAAAUAUCACUGUAGCAACAUAAUACAGACAUGGCCUAUGAAGGGGAUUUUUCUAUUUACUGCAGAAAUGCUACAUUCUCUUUUUCUAUUUGUUCAUCUGAUGCAGUAUAGAAUAUUUAGUAAAGGGAAAAAGAAGGAUAGAAGUCACAUUUGUUGAGGAAACAUGAUCCUAAUGUUACACUGUUUUUAUAAUAUAAGGUGGCAUUUUAGCUCAA